AAAAUCUUAAUCAAAUUAUUCUGUUUUUUUAAUGGUUCCUUAUAUAUAUUAUUAUAGUUCCCUCAGUUUCUAUUUUCAAUCUUGAUAUUCUACUUAUAUCAUAAUAAUUCUAUCCCUUAAGAAAGUUCAUAAAGUUUCUCAUUCAGAAGAGACCCUUCAAAACUUAUUUUAAGAAAUUUCAAUACCUCGAGGUAUGUCGGAUUCAGAUGAUUCUAGUUAUCAUAUACCUAACGGAAUAGCAAACAAGCAGACGGUCGAAUAUAAUUUAGCAGAAGCUACGAAUUAUAUAUGCCACGAUCCAGAAAAAGCAGUUUUACUAAGGCUAGAGCCAAGCGGUCCUGGAUCUAUAGAACCCGUUACCGUCCCAGAUCGGUUUCUCAAAGUGGUCAGCUCUUAUCCCGAUUUUGUAGCUUUGAAAUAUCAAGUUUACGAUGAUAGUUGUGAACCCAUAGAUCAGCCAUGGAUAUCGGUCACUUACAAGGAGUAUUACGAGAUGGCCAGGAGAACUGCUAGAGCCUUUAUCGCCAUAGGACUGGAACCUAAACACGGCGUUGGUAUCAUGGGCUUCAAUUCACCCGAAUGGUUUUACUCCAAUUUCGGUGCUAUAUUUGCUGGAGGCUUAUCCACCGGAAUAUACACCACAAACAAUGCGGAAACGUGUUAUAAUAUUUUGAACGACAGUUGCUCGAAUUUGGUUGUAGUCGAGGAUUCCACGCAAUUAGCUAAGAUUCUUAAAAUUAGGGAUAGACUACCGAUGCUUAAAGCCGCCAUACAAUAUAGGGGUAAGCCUCAAACCAAUGUAACGGGCGAUGGAUUCAAGAUUUAUUCGUGGAAAGAUUUCAUACAACUUUCUGAUCAUGUCACGGACAAAGAAUUAGAAGCUAGACUGAGUACUUUGCGCGCUAAUAUGUGUUGUUCACUUAUUUUUACUUCCGGUACCACAGGAAAUCCUAAGGGUGUCAUGAUAAGUCAUGACAACUUAACCUGGACAUCCAGACAAGUCGCUGUGAUGAUUAAAGUAAGGGAUCACAAAGAAGUAUUACUAACUUAUUUACCAUUGAGCCAUGUAGCCGCUCAAAUCGUGGAUAUGUAUCUUGUUAUGGAUACCGCGAAUACCAUAUACUUUGCACAUCCCGAUGUUCUCAAAGGCACCCUAGCUCUUUAUCUUAGACAAAUUAGGCCUACGAUAUUCAUAGGAGUUCCUAGGGUGUGGGAAAAAAUCACGGAAAAAAUGCAAGAAAUGGGUGGUCAAGCAACAGGCAUAAAAAAGAAAAUAGCAGCUUGGGCUAAAGAAGUGGGUUCGGAGGGAACAGAAUCUCUCAUGAGGGGUAAACCCGUUCCGUGGACCUGGGGCUUGGCUAAUUUUCUUGUCUUUAAAAAGGUUAAAAAAGCCUUAGGCUUAGAUCGGUGUUAUUACUUAGUCAGCACGGGUGCCCCGCUAGCCAAAGAAACGCGGCUCUACAUGGAUUCGCUCAAUAUUCCCAUCAUGGAAGUCUAUGGUAUGAGUGAAUGCACUGGACCAGCCACGCUCAAUAUCCCGGGCCUUGGAAAUUAUUGGGGAGGCAGUGUGGGAAUCUCCAUGCUUGGGACUCAAAAUAAACUCGGUACUACCGCUGAGGAAUCUUCUGGAGAACUUUGUCUCCGAGGUCGUCACGUGUUCAUGGGUUAUAUUCGUAAGGAGAAGGAAACAAACGAAACAAUAGAUAAGGACGGUUGGCUUAGAACCGGGGAUUUGAGUAGACUUGAUAUGACACUGACUGGGGGCCCUUUCGUUUACAUUACUGGUAGGAUUAAAGAAUUAAUAAUAACAGCUGGAGGAGAAAAUGUGGCACCAAUUCCUAUCGAAGACGCUAUAAAAAACGAACUAAGAGAGUUUGUUAGCAACGCCAUGGUCGUGGGAGAUUACAAGAAAUUCUUAUCCGUCCUUUUGACCAUCAAAACUGAACUUGACUCCUCCACUAAUACACCUUCAGACACUUUAACGCGUCCCGCUCAAGCUUGGCUGUCAUCUAUCCUAGGCGAGGGAAGCAAUAUCAAAAGUGUAAAACAAAUUAUAGAACAAAAACCAGCCAAAUUGCAUGAUGUUAUUAACUUAGCUUUGAAAAAGGUCAACGAUGAAGCCGUAAGUAGAGCUUCCAUGGUACGUAAAUGGACAUUCAUACUAAAAGAUUUCAGUGUCGUUGGCGGAGAAUUAGGUCCUACGAUGAAGUUAAGGAGACCAAUAGUCGUUAAAAUGUACACCAAACAAAUUGAUUCUUUAUAUCAGGAAGAUGAUGAUGAACAUAGGGUUAUUAAAGCAAGAGACAGUACUAAGCAACAUUUAUCAGCAGAAGAUACUAAUGGUUCUGUCCCGUUGAAGCAUUCGGAGAGUUACAUUACGCACAUCUAAUUCUAAUGAGGAUUUUUUUUAUUAAUCUAGAGAACUUUACAGCUAUUACAGAAAAAUUUUAGGAUAAUAAAUAAUUUCAUUAUAAUUAAUGUUUUUUUUAUUGGCUCUAUUUUACACACAAAUAGUUAAUUAAAAUAUUAAUACAAUUGGUUAUUUCAGUAUUUAAUGUUAAAAUGUCAAAAUAUAG